AUGAUUGAUAGAUAUUUGAAAUAUCUUUCGAUAAAAUUAAUUGUGAUUAUUACUACGUUUUUAAUUGAUAAAAGCUCAGCUUUAUCUAUCUGUCCAACGGCUGUUUGGGCAACGAGAGGGACCACAGUAGCUGGUUCACAAUCAGGCGCUGCUAGUUCUACAUUGAACCGAUUUACUCUACCAACCAUCGUUAUUGUGGACAAUAGCAGUAAUAUUUAUGUGGCUGAUAGUGGAAAUUUUCGUGUAUUACUAUUUCCACCAAAUUCAACUCAAUCGACUUAUGGUACACUGAUAAUCAAUGGUACCUUUGGUACUGACCUUGAUCAAUUCCAGACGAUGGAUGGUAUGAGUAUAGAUGCGAAUGGUAAUAUUUAUAUAUUAGAUGGAACUUCAUCACGUGUAACAAAAUGGACACCAGGAUCUACAAGUGGAAUUCUUGUAGCCGGUGGCGGUCCUUUCAUUGAUUAUUAUGAUGGACAUAUAGAUAGCAUGGGUGAACCUGGUGGAAUGUUUAUGGAUCCUCAAUCAUCAUUUAUUUGGAUUGCUGAUACAGAUAAUCAUAGAAUUGUCAAAUGGAUAAAUUCAACCACAGCAUUAACAGUUUGCGGCAGUUAUGGUACAAACUCCGAUCAAUUUAUUUAUCCAAUGGGAUUAUUCAUUGAUACAGCUGCUGGAAAUACACUUUAUGUAGUAGAUGGUGGAAAUCACAGAAUACAAAUGUGGCUUUCAGGUGCAACUAGCGGAAAAACAGUAGCCGGAAUGACAAGUUACUAUGGUGAUAGACUCGAUCAACUGUGGGAUCCAACAGCAAUACUUGUCGAUAAUAACCAGAAUAUGUAUAUUGUGGACUCGAGUAAUUCUCGAAUUCUCAAAUGGAAAGUAGGUGCAAGUUCUGGCGUGAUCAUAGCAGGCAAUACACAAAUGGGAGGAGCAGGAUCAAGUGCACUUUCGAUUCCAAAUAGCAUUAGUUUCAGUCUGAAUGGAACACUUUAUGUUGCUGAUACUCUAAAUAAUCGUACACAAAGAUUUACUAUUAGUUGCCCGACAAAUAUAUCAACUACAACUGUUUCAUCAGUAACUACAAUGAUGCCCAUUUCGACUACAAAUUGUUCAAUGACUAUUUGGGCAGUGAAUGCAACAACAAUUAUUGGUUCACCUAUAGGUAUUGCAGGUCUUACUUCAACAUUGUUAAGUUAUCCAUCAGACGUCAGGGUUGGUGCCAAUGAUGCGAUUUAUGUCAUCGAUUACGAUACAUACUAUCGUCUGCAAAUUUUUAAUCCAGGUAGUCUAUCAGGUAUAACAAUCAUUAACGCUUCGGCUGGUACAAAUCUCAAUCAAUUCUAUACCAUGGAUGCUCUUAGCAUAGAUACGAGCGGUAAUUUCUAUAUACUUGAUGGCGAUAACUCUCGUAUUACAAAAUGGGCUCCAGGAGCAUCAACAGGUAUACUUGUGGCUGGUGGUAAUGGAAUAGGCAGUUCUCUCGACAAACUAGAUGGUCCUACUGACUUUUUCGUUGAGCCAAAUACAUUCUCUAUUUGGAUUUGUGAUUGUAACAAUCAUCGGAUUGUAAAAUGGAUGAAUGCAUCGACUGGGAUACUGGUUGCCGGUGGGAAUGGUUAUGGUGCAAAAGCUAAUCAAUUUUAUAAUCCAGCGGGAUUAUUCGUUGAUGUAUCUGCUUCGAAUACACUUUAUGUAGUAGACACAAAUAAUAGUAGAAUCCAAAAAUGGCUUUAUGGAGCAAGCAAUGGAACAACAGUGGCUGGAAAAUCUUCAGGUACGCCUGGUAGUGCACUUAAUCUACUUAAUUAUCCAACUGCUAUGAUUCUGGACACGAAUGGAUCGAUGUACAUCGUGGAUAAUGGAAAUAGUCGAAUCGUUUUAUGGUUAUUAGGAGCUACAUCGGGCAGAGUCAUCGCCGGUACAGGUAUUCCUGGAGUAUUACCAGAUCAAAUAAAUAAUCCUUACACUGUCAGACUUGAUUCAACUGGAGCAGUUAUUGUCACUGACACUGAUAACAGUCGUAUUCAAAAGUUUCCUGUUGUUUGCUCGCCAAACAUGAUAAUAUCAUCAACAUCAUCAUCACCAUCAUCAACAAAACCAUCAUCAUCAGCAACAUCAUCAUCGUCAACAUCAUCAUCGUCAACAACAUCAUCAUCAUCAACAACAACAACAUCAAUUAAUAUUACAUUACAAAACACAACAAUGGCUGUUGCAUCUAGUACGAGUAGUCUUUCAACACCAGUCAAUAACUCAACAAUUAUACAAUCAGCAUCAUCGGCAAUCGCAGGUUCCGCUUCAGCAUCAACACCAAUCUCAGGCUCCGCUUCAGCUUCAACACCAAUUGCAGGUUCCGCUCCAGUAUCAACACCAAUCGCAGGUUCUGCGUCAGCAUCAACACCAAUCUCAGGCUCGGCUUCAGCAUCCACACCAAUCGCAGGUUCCGCUUCAGCUUCAACACCAAUCGCAGGUUCCGUUUCAGCAUCAACACCAAUCGCAGGUUCCACUACAGCAUCAACAACAGUUUUAAUAUCAACUGUGGUUGCACCGUCAACAAAAAUUUCAACGUCAACAAUGGUCACAUCAUCAACAACAACUUUAAUAUCAACUGUGGUUAUACCAUCAACAACAGUACCAACAUCAACAAUGAUUACAUCAUCAACAGCAAUACCAACGUCAACAAUAGUCGCAUCAUCAACAAAAGUACCAACAUCAACAGUGAUUACAUCAUCAACAGCAAUACCAACGUCAACAAUAGUCACAUCAUCAACAACGGUUUUAAUGUCAACAAUGAUCACGACAUCAAGAAAGAAUAAUUCAACUAAUCCAAUAACACAAGUAUCAUCAACAAUAGCUUCAAGCUCUCUAUCAUCAAAUUACUCAGUUGCAGCUCGUAAUUUGAAUUCAAAAUUAUUUGCAUUAUUAUUUUGUGCUUUUAUGAUUUAUAUGAACAAUUAA